AUGCAGCUAUUUUUGAAUGGCGUGGAGUGGAAAAUCAACGAGCAUUUCAACCCAAGACAGGGUUAUAUAAUCCCAAACGAGUCCUUGAGAGAGCACUUGGUUGCGAACAAGAUGUUGCUACGGUGUCAAUACGAGGAAGAAAAAGUCGAGUUUUUGGUGAACAUUCUCCAGCAGCUUCCACGUUCUCGUGAACUCAUGCCGUUACUACGCAAAGAACUGGAAAACGGUACAAGCUCUUACUCGAACGGAACAACUGAUUACAUUCACGUACGUUUGGAUUCUCACGGCAAGGCUGUUCCACAAGUC